UGUCGCGUCAAUUCGUCGCCUCAUUGACGAGGCCGCAGAACUAAGCGUCCGUGCAUCUUCAGGCCUCUCAGCAGCAGAAUUGAACAUGAUGCGAUCAUCCCCAAACAAUAUGAAUGGGUUUGGCGGCUUCAACAAUCCUUGGGCAGGAAUGAAUUCUGGAGGAGGACGGAGCGUUGCUAUGAGUGCCAUGCGAAUACACCGUUUACGAGCGCUGGCUGUCCAGAAGCUGGCAGCGGCGUAUUCAGCCGACGAAAUCGCGAGCAGCGUGAUGGUCAUGCAAGGGGGAAGCGUUUUCGAUGAUCUGGCUGAACGAGUUCUGAAAACGGAUCCCAAUGAUUGUGAUGCUCGCUAUGUGCAUUUCUUUCACGAGAAGAUACCGUCAAGUAGGCAGCUGGCUGAGUCCACCACGACCCAGGUCCUGGAUGAACUCAUCAGAAUGCAGCCGCACAGAUUAGAGUACUACAGAACACGAGGCAUCGUCCAUUGCUUCCGCGACGAGUUCAGCAUGGCAACCAAAGACUUCACCCACGCGCUCAAGGAAGCCAAGGCAAUUAGAAAAACGAAGCUUCAUCAUCAGCACAACUACUCUAGUCCCGUUCAGGGAGGGAGCGGCAAGCACGGAAAAAACGGCAAGCGACGCAAAGCAGGUGGAAGGUCCAAACGAGGAGGACCUCCCGAAGAGGAUCCUCGUGACGACAGGCCCGACGCUGACCCCGACGCUGAUUCUCAGAGCCGGACUGCACAUCCGUCCGUUCUCCCGGAUGCCCCCACACCUCUGGAACCGCAACUACUCUUCCUUCGUGGCGCAGCCUACCUGCAGCAUGCUGUACAUUUGAUCGAAGGAACCGCCCUGGAAUUGGAAGGGAUUCGAAAAUUUGCCAGCGGAGUGGGAAUGUACAGCGGCGAGCUCCGCCUAAGCUGCUUGGACGGGAGUAACUUUGGGGGUAUCGAAGUCGGCAACCCGGACGGCCCGCUUGGUCACAGCAGCGAGCCCAAAGCCACAGCGUACCGUGCUGCGUUUGGUGUGGCUGGCAAUGGAGAGCCCAACGGGAGGAACGGGGACCCGGAGAAAUUGCGCGAUCAAAUCCUGGGUCUUGUUCGCAAAAGCAUGCGUGAUCACGAGCGUUUCCUUGCUCAUUUCGACUCGAUCGAUGCGGGAUUUGGGGCUGGGAGCGGAGAGGACGGAGAGACGUGGAACCUGGCACAAAAAGUCGAAUAUGCAUUCUUGCUCCUGGAGAGCAUCCGACCAGGAAGCCAGACACCAGCUCCACCACCGCCGGCUUCAUUUGCCGACGGAAGCAGUCCUUUGAGCAAGUACAGCUUCGACAUGAUGGCGCUCGCCGGCCCGAACACACCAGGAUUGCCCCCACCCACCACUUUCACGACAUAUCAUCCCCUGCUGGUUGAAGCUCAUUUUAGCAUUCUUCUGUGCCUGCUUCUGCUUGGUGACUUUACGGCCCUGCUGCCCGCGUUUGAGCAUACGUCUCGAGUCGUUGAUGGGCUGGAGGGUUAUCCUGUCUUUCUUCCUCCUCGUUCGAUGGCCCAGGCAGAGUUCGUCGAAGUCCUCGAGCGCCUCGCUGGUGGCUGGCGUACUGGAGUUGAGAACUACUCAGUCUAUCAUGCCUCUCGAGGUAAGGCCAGAGCUAAAGAUGAUGGCAACGAACAACGCUCGGUCGUCAGUCUCGGUCCUCCGCAUCCGGAUUCAGCGUCCUCGUCCUCGUCCUCAUCUCCUCCAGAGACACGUUCCACCACUCCGACUGAAGCGGGAUCUCACUCACACUCCGCGGCUUUGAACAGUGCCCGAAUCUUAUUAUCCCCCGUAGUGGCGAGACAACGUGCUCGAGCUGAAGCAGCGAUGAGCGCGAGAAAGAGUGGUGCGUCUGCUUCUAAGAAGCCGAUUGGGAUCAACAUUCCCCUUCACGGACCUCGCGUGGAUGUGAUCUUGACAUGGAUGGCUGCUGUCCAGCUUCCACCAUUGGAUGCCGCUGCCGCUGCCAAAAACAGCGAUACCAAUUAAAUUGGUGCAUCAUGCCAUCCCUAGCUGUAUCCAGCACUCUAUUUAUCUUAUAUCUACAUCGGCUGGACAUGUAUACAAUGAUUUUUUUUUUUUGCCGUAGCAGUGCUCAUGUUGGC